AUGUUAAGCAACAGUUAUAUCAGUGACAACAACAACAACAACAACAAUACAUUACAACUACAACAACAUGACUACUACUAUACCAACACCAAUGUUACGGCACUACCGGAUACAACAUCACCGCCGGCACCUACCGUAUCAACGGUUGGCGGCGAUCAGCCGCAAACCGUACGCAAUAUACUCAUCAUAGUUGCCUAUUCCCUGAUCAUAGGGGUAUCCCUAUCCGGUAAUCUACUGGUGUGCAAAAUAGCGUGUACUAAACGAAAAAUGCGUACCACAACCAACAUCCUCAUAGCAUCCCUGGCCCUAUCGGACAUAGUAAUGGCUGCCAUUAGUAUACCGUUCAACCUAGCCCGACUAUUACUACUGGACUGGCCAUUUGGGUCGUUACCCUGUCUAUUGGUGCCCUUAAUACAGAAUUCAUGUGUAUAUGUGUCGACAUUUACGAUGACAUUCAUAUCGUUGCACAGAUGGAGGACAAUCACUAAGCGAUCGGUUUUUCGUAGGUUUUCCGCAUUGAAACUGUUUUCCAGUAUAUUAGUCAUAUGGCUGAUGGCUAUACUGUUUUCGCUACCAAUGGGUAUAUUUAAUCGCCUGACGGAAGUCCAAUUGGAUCAUAAGCUACGUAUCCGUUGUCGACCCCAUUAUCCGAAAUUGGGUAUCGAUUUCCCGCUGUUUUUAUCGGUGGAAAUCCUGUUGACACAAUAUGUCCUACCGCUGACCAUUACGUGUUUUGUGUACGUUAAAAUCGGACAGGUAGUUGUCCGUCAGGGUAAACUAGCCGGUAUGUCCAACGAUGAUCGGAAACGUCGACAAAUUGAGGCCAAACGGCGCCGUAUUAUUAUGUUGGCCCUGGCAGUCAUCGUGUUUGCCGUUUGCUGGGCACCCAUCAAUUUAUAUUAUUUAUUUGUCGAUUUCAAGGUGUUUAAACAUAAUUUUAAAAUAUUUAUAGUGUGCCAUUGGUUGGCGAUGUCAUCUGUUUGCUACAAUCCGUUUAUCUACUGUUACUAUAACGCCUCGUAUCGAUCAAUGGUUAAGGAGUCGCUUGAAUGUGUAUUCCGGUGCCUAAAGUACUAUAAGGUACAGACGGGCGGUGUGGGCGCCGCCGGUGGGGGUGUAGGAGGCGUUACGACAGUCAACGGUGGCGGCGGAGGCGGCGGUGGCGGUGGCGCUGCCGAUGAUGACGACGACUACGAUGUCGGCGAAGAUACCGUCCGCGAGUGUACUAAGUAUACGGUUUGUAAUACCGAACGGAUUGAACUGAUGUCAAAGGCCAGGCAUAUGGCGACUACCGGUGCCGUAGUAGUCAACGAUCCUAACAAUACCAUCACUACUACUGUCAUAACUACCGGUACAACUAAGUUAAGAUAGGACUGUACUGUACUGUAUGUAUGUAUGUGUAUGUCUAUUGACGACAAUAAAACAAACAAUA